AUGUCUUUUGCACUCUCCCGAGCAUUCUCUCCAGCAGCGCGGCCAUGGCUACAAUGUGCUAAGCUUCACCGUGUCUCGCGGCUAUCCUAUUCAACCGCGCAUGGUUCAGACCACAUUCAAACAAGAAUCCCCACCCUAAAAGAUAAUAAAAAUGGCAUUCGAUUUCGAGAGUUCGACCUGGAGGACCGCGUCUAUGCCAUUACCGGUGGAGGAAGAGGUCUUGGUCUAGCCAUGGCCGAAGCGUUGAUGGAAGCCGGUGCAAAAGUACACUGCUUGGAUCGUCUGCAGAAUCCCGAUUCCGAAUUCGAAGCGGCCAGAGAACACGGUAAAUCCGAGUACGGUGGCAGCCUCGAGUACCACCGCGUCGACGUCCGUAACGAAACUGACGUCAACGAUGUCUUUGCCAAAAUCGCCGCCAAAGACCAGAGGCUAGAUGGCUUGAUCGCCGCCGCAGGCGUCAACCACGUCCAAAGCGCCCUGGAGACCAGCCAAGCCUCGUUGAACGAAGUCAUGCAAAUCAACUACAACGGCGUCUUCAAUGCCUCCACCGCCGCCGCACGACAGAUGUUCAACUAUCAGCAAAAGGGAUCCAUCUUGCUGGUUGCUAGCAUGAGUGGUUUCAUCGCCAACAAGGGCAUGGUGGCGCCCAUUUACAACUCCUCCAAGGCGGCCGUUGUCCAGCUUACCCGGUCGUUGGCUAUGGAAUGGGGUCGAUACGGUAUCCGUGUUAAUAGCUUGUGUCCUGGCCACAUCAUCACCCCCAUGGUAGAGGAGAUCUUCCAGCAGAACCCAGAGUCCAAGGCUACCUGGGAAGCGGAAAACAUGCUCGGGCGGCUGGCAUACCCCGGGGAGUUCAGAGGCGCUGCUCUCUUUGCCGUUAGUGAUGCGAGCAGCUUCAUGACUGGAAGCUCUAUGAUCAUCGACGGUGGUCAUACUGCUUGGUAG